AACAGAAAAAUCAAAAAGGUCAGAACUUCCAACUCGAAAGAAAACAAUGUUCUCCAACUUGGGAGAGAAUAAUGAAGAUUUACAACAGACAGAGACGAGUCAAGAUGUUAGCCAAAACUUAGAAAACAACAGUAACAAAGAAGAAGCUUCUAAAUUACAAGAUAUAACUAACACA